AUCUACGACUCCUAUAAUACUGUCAGCAGGACGUUGACUACUCACCCGCUACUCAAGACUCUGGCACUGUGGCAUACCUCCUACUUAAUUACAUUCCAUAACCCAACUUACCAUGAAAUUAGUCAUUUGAAUAUUUGAUAAUAGCACUGUCAAUUUAAUUGUCGUAUCUGGCGGUCCACUUUCUGUACCCAAUAUCUACUAUUUGUUUUAAAUUACAAUGGGUGUGACAAGUUUACAGAUAAUUUUUGACAACCCUACAGCUGUAUUUAUGCCUGGUCAAUCCGUUACUGGGAGGGUAUUGGUAGCUACUAGUAGUUCUGUAAAAAUUAGAGGUAUUAAAUUGAAAUUCCGAGGAGAAGCCAAAGUUUCAUGGACUGAACAAGAAUCUCGUAGAAGCGAUAAUGGUGAAACUGAAAACUACUCUGUCAAAUAUGAUGCUGAAGAAGAAUAUUUUGAAAAUAAAAUGACUUUGGUUGGAGGUGGAGGUGAAUCACAGUUAGAGGCAGGUGAACGGGUUUAUCCAUUUAAUAUUUCUUUACCUCAUCAGUUACCAUCUACAUUUAAUGGAGAGCAUGGACACAUUCGUUAUAUAGCAAAAGUUACAAUUGAUAUUCCUUGGGGCAAAGAUAAAGAAACAGAAAUAACUUUCCAAGUUAUUUCUCCUUUGAAUUUAAAUGACGAACCAUCACUAGCUGAACCCAAAAAAGAAGAAAAAGAAAAGUUUUAUUGUUGCUGUUGCUGCGAGUCUGGUCCAACGACAUUGGUAGUCUGUCUUCCUUAUAGUGGUUUUGUACCUGGACAAAUUAUACCUCUUACUGUUGAACUGGAUAACAAUAGUAAUGUAACAAUUGAUGCUGUCAAAAUUAAGUUGAAACGAGACCUAUCAUUUAAAGCAAGACACCCAAGUGAAAAAACAAACUUCAGUUCAUCCGAACUUGCAGUUUUACGUUUACAAGGUAUUGAAGCUCAUGCUUCGAAAACAUGGACGGAGCAAAUGAUAGUUCCGAAUAGUUUGAUGUUUUCUAAUCUAAAGUAUUGUGGAAUCAUAACUGACCAAUAUGUAUUAAAUGUUGAAGCAGUUGCUGGGGGUAUGUAUGAAAACACUGAUAUUAAUGUGAAAAUUACAAUGGGUAAUAUUCCAUUAUCUAUUGCCCAAGAUGCACCUCAAUUUGGUAUUCCAAUUCAAUCACCUAAUCAAAACGAUCCUUCAAAUGGCCAAUUCCCUACAAAUUCUACCAACCCUAUAAAUUUACCUGCCCCUAUUCCUGGCUUCGCACAGCAAGUUCCACCACCAUAUGACCAACCCUCAUAUCCACAACAAGCCAUGGACCCAGCACAAAUCUCUGGUCAACCAUCAUUGUAUCCUCAAAUGCAAAUGUAUAACCAAUCUCAGUUGCCUUACCCAGAUGUGAAUAUACAACAACCGGCAUUCAAUCCAUCUUAUCCUUCUGCCCCUAAUCUAGGAUAAUCUAGGUUCAGAAUCUGUUUAUAUGUAUUCUUAUUUUAUUUUUAAUUUAAACGUCGUGAUUUCUAGUAAUUGAGAUGCAUUCAGUCAAAAUGGUUACAAUUGUUUUUCUUAGAUAUUUUGUAUAAUAGGCAAACUAACAAAAUAUUUAACAAUUAUUACAGUUUCACUAUAUAUUUUAUCGAUUUAUUUAAAUAUUAUUAAUGUUACAUAUAGUAUUUAACCACUUACUUGUUUCACUAAUUGUUACUGUUAUAUUUAUUAAUUAAUAAUUUAUUAAACUUCAAUACAGUUUUUGUUCAACAUUUCAGUUUGACCAUGAAUUUUGUAAUAUACACUCUUUUUAGCAUAAGAAGCGAUUGCUUUAUGUCAAUCAGCUCAAACCCAACUGUUCCCUUACUUAAUCACCAACAAUAGCCAAUACACAGAACAAAGUCAUACAAUUUAGCUUCUCUUGUUGCUUCUUAUGUUGAAAGUGAAUAAAUAGCAACGAUUAAUGUUUAAUAAUUUGUAAAGUACCUCUUCAAAACAAGUCGUUUCAACUAGAAAAACAAAAAAACAUUCUAUCCAAUACUUGGGAUUAUUAAACCAUUUAUUGGUAAAUAAGAAAAAUGAUGGUUCAAUUAAGAUUAAUACAAUUUUUUCAAAAAUUGAUCCAUACUUAAUAUCAAAAUCUAUAGAAAUAUUUAUUUAAUAUGCUUUCAAUGCACCUUUAUAUAUUAUACCUUCACUUGCUUUAGUCUUUUAUGUGCUUGGUGAAUUAUAGCUGUAAUGAACCCUCUAUAACAUAA